GAUGAGGUUCUAGUGAUAUCCACUCUGGGUGAUAUUAGUGGUGUCACUGUCAUUUUAGAGCACUUUUGGUAUCCAGUUUGUAAAAUUGAUGGUUUAUACUCUCUUAAAAACCCACAAAAUACGAGUAUUAUAUUUUUAAAUAGUGUGAAAAAUUAAAUAAAAACUUAAAAAAAGCGGGGAGAGAGAUAUAAUUUUCACUUUGGGAGUACAAUCAUAGUAGUACUUUCACGGGACGCUUGCUACCGGCUACUCGCGCUUCCGGUAAAAGAUUCAAAUUAAAGCCUUUCUCUCUCUCGCUCUGUGUGUCAGUCCACACUGUUCCCACUGUCACUCAGCAUCAGUCAAGCACUUGAAAUUACUUCCAUCUCUGGCUGCCAAAACCAGAGCACCCUAUGCACUGCAGCAAUCUUCCCCAGGUAACAAAUAAACCCCCCAAACUUCCCAUUUUCAAACCCAUUGUCCACUUUCUCGAGAAAAGGCCAUCCAUGGAUUCCCUCUCCAAAAGCUUCUUUCUGUUCUUCUUCUUCUUGCUUAUGUCAGCACUUCUCCUCACAUACCCAUCCCCUUGUCUCUCCCAACCCACAACUGGGAUCUCUCUCCUGAUGGCCAUCAAAGCUUCUCUAGAUCCACAGAACCUCAUCCUCAGUUCUUGGUCACCCAAUGCCACUGACCCAUGCAAAGACUCCACCUUUGAGGGCAUUGCUUGCAAUGGGCUUGGCCAAGUGGUCAACAUCUCCCUGCAGGGAAAAGGGCUUUAUGGUAAAAUACCACCUGAGAUUGGGCAUAUCAAGACUUUGUCUGGUCUGUACCUCCACUUCAACCAUCUUCAUGGGAGUGUGCCUAGGGAGAUUGCUAAUUUGACUCAGCUCUCUGAUUUGUACCUCAGUUUCAAUCACCUCUCUGGUUCCAUUCCUUCUGAGAUCGGUAACAUGUCCAGUCUUCAAGUUUUGCAACUCUGUUACAACAAGUUAAGUGGGAACAUACCAACUCAGCUUGGAUCUCUCAAGAAUCUCACAGUUCUUGCCCUGCAAUCUAACAGCUUGACUGGAGCAAUUCCUGCAAGCUUGGGAGACUUGACACUGUUAAGAAGGCUGGACUUGAGCUUUAAUUACCUCUUUGGUUCAAUCCCAACUAAACUUGCCAAUGCUCCAAUGCUUGAAGUUCUUGAUGUUAGAAAUAAUACCCUUUCUGGCAAUAUCCCUCUAGACCUAAAGAGACUGAAUGAAGGAUUCCAGUACACAAACAACUUGGGUUUAUGUGGAAUAGGUUUUUCAUCCUUAAAGCCAUGCUCCUAUUCUGCAUUCAAUUCCAACAAGCCUGAACCUGUUGGCCCAGGUUCUUAUGACCUUCCAACCAAAGUCAUCCCAGAAUCAGCCAAUGUCCAACCACACGCUUCGGGCGCACCAAGAAAUGCCCGAUCUGCCACUGUAGCUGGCGUAGCUGGAUUAACUGCCACAUUGCUGGCAUUCGGACUCUUCACCUAUCUAAGACACCGUCGCCAGAAGCAGAGAAUUGGAAGCACUGCAGAAACUACUGAAAGUCGACUCAGUACUGAUCGCCAACCCAAGGAAUUCUCAAGAAUAACUGCAUCUCCUCUUAUAAACGUGGAGUACUCAAAUGGAUGGGACCCUCUUGGGAAGGGGCAAAAUGGGAAUGGGUUUUUUAGUGAGGAAGUUCUUGAGAGCUUCAUGUUCAAUUUGGAUGAAGUGGAGUCUGCUACACAGCACUUCUCGGAGACGAAUCUGUUGGGAAAGAGCAGUUUCACUGCCAUUUACAAAGGGUCUCUGAGAGAUGGUUCUGCUGUUGCUGUCAAGUGCAUUUCCAGGAGUAGUUGUAAGUCAGACGAAGCCAAGUUUCGGAAAGGGUUGAAGCUGUUGAUCUCUCUGAAGCAUGAAAACCUAUUGAGGUUGAGAGGGUUCUGCUGUUCCAAGGACAGGGGAGAGUGCUUCCUGAUCUACAACUUUGUCUCCAAUGGAUGCUUGUUGCAGUACCUUGAUGUGAAGAACAGUGAAGGGAAACAUCUGGACUGGCCCACCAGAGUCUCCAUAAUCAAAGGCAUUGCAAGAGGUAUUGAAUACUUGCAUGGAAACAAGGGAAGGAAAGCAAGUCUUGUUCACAGAAACAUAUCAGCCGAAAAGGUACUUGUCGACGAUCUUUACAACCCACUCCUCUCUGACUCGGGUCUGCACAAACUCCUAGCAGAAGACACCGUCUUCUCAACCCUAAAGGGAAGUGCAGCAAUGGGGUGUCUAGCACCAGAGUACACAACUACUGGCCGCUUCACAGAGAAGAGCGACAUAUAUGCAUUUGGUGUGAUCAUAUUUCAGAUCCUCUCCGGGAAACUCAUGGUCACCCAUUCUAAUCAUCAAGGAGCAGAAUUGUGCAAAUACGAAGCUUUUGUGGAUCCGAAACUGGGAAGAGACUUCGCAGAGCCUGAGGCUGCUAUAUUAGGAAAGAUGGCUCUACUAUGCACACAUGAAUCUCCUAGCCAGAGACCCACCAUUGAAAUGCUGAUUCAAGAACUGGAUGGUAUUUGUUAGAGUAUAAAUUCUUUCAUGGGCACACAAUCUCAAACUUGAGUUUGUGGGUGUGUUGGUUGCCAUUGUAUUUGACAAUGUUGUAGGGUCUUGAUGUCAAUGUAGUUUCCUUGUACUUUUGUUGUAGAAGCCCAUGGCUUGAAACAUGUUAAUGUAGUGUAGGGUUGAGACUAGCUUGGGGUGAAAUGCAAUUCUUGUUGCUUUUAAAAUAAAGAACUGCAAAGUUU